AUGUUUAUUAUAAAAAGUAAUUUAGAAAAUGAUAACUCAUUGGAUACUAACUUAAAAAAGGAGCACAAUAAAAUAAACAAAUUUAUAAUUAUACUGAUUAUUAUAAUUAAUAUAUUAAGUCUUUUAUUUACGUUAUUAUUGGCUAUAAAAUUUUAUUUAUGUUUUUUUAAUGUAACAUCUUUUCUAUUUAUUUUAACACAAACAUGUUUAUGGUCGUAUUUAGCAAUUCUAAAUGUCUAUGAUCAAAAAUUCAUUUUUUCAAUUUUUACAUUUUUAGGAAUUAAUUUAUAUACACAAUGUUAUCAAAAUUUAAAUAAGUUAUUUUUAUCUGAUGAUAUUCAGGAAUAUCAUUAUAUGUCAAUUGCACUUUCUCAUUUACCAUUCCUUUAUAUAUGUUAUGAUAUUGUGAUAUUUCAAUAUGACAGUAUUUUUAUUAAAAGCACACAAGAUUAUACUUAUAAUGAUAAUUCUUUAAUAAUAUUAAAUUUUUUAAGAGGAUUGUUUUGUUCUUUUUGUAUAGCUGCAAUUUUUAUUAUUUCUAUGAUUUUAAAUAUUCAGAAUACAUUUAGAACUUAUCCUUUGAUGAAAUUAUCAGAUUCUAAAACAAAAAAAUAUCUAUUUUUUGUAUUUUUGUAUUAUUUUAUCGAUUCUCAAAUAAGAAUUGUUACAUUUCUCUUUAUUAUAGAAACGUAUGAAGUAAAUCCAUUUAAAAUAUUCGUUUUUAUCUUUUCUCAGAUAUUGACUAUAUGUGUAUGUAUUGCUUUUGAUACUCACAUUUUUAAAAAUAUUAUUAUCGGAAUAUCCGCAAUUUUAGUUUCUCCUUUAUCCAUAAUAUUGCAUUCAACGAACAGAAAUUAUGGAAAUGAAAGAGUUGUAAGACUUAGUAAGUUAUUAAUAAAUUUUAGAUUUUUUGAAUUUUUUUUAAUUCUUUUUUACGGAUCAUUAUAUUACGAUGAUGAAGAAAUAGGAAAUACUUUCAUAUUAUAUGUACAGUUAAUUAAUCUUAUAUUAUUAUUUUUUCUAAUAAUAAUUUAUAAAAAGGUGAUAUCUUGUAAAAGAAAAUUUGAAGAAAGUGGUGAUGAAUUUAAUGUAGAUAUAUACAAUAAUAUAAAUGAUAACUAA